UUAUCUGACUUCCUGCCCCUGUGCUUCACUCCACAGCAAGACCAGCAGCCUCUCCUGUUUGGGCUCUUCCUGGCCAUGUACCUGGUCACUGUGCUGGAGAACCUGCUCAUCAUCCUGGCCAUUGGCUCUGACACUCACCUCCACACUCCCAUGUACUUCUUCCUGGACAACCUGUCCUUCAUAGACACCUGCUUUUCAUGCACCAUUGUCCCCAAGGUGCUGGUCAACAUCCAGACACAGCACACCAUCUCCUACACUGGGUUCCUGUUGCAUAUGUACUUCUUCAUGGCAUUGGCCCUGCUUCAUGACCUCCUGCUGGCUUUGAUGGCAUGUGACCACUACAUAGCCAUCUGCCUCCCUCUUCACUACACUGUGAUCAUGUGUCCCCAGUGGUGCCUACUGAUGGUCACCACAUCCUGGCUCUGUGCCCACCCCCUGGCCUUAUCGCCUAAUCUCCUCAUGUCUCAUUUCUCCUUCUGUGCAUUCCACUCCAUCCCACACUUCUGUGACCUCCCACUCCUCAAACAUGCCUACUCAGACAUGUACAUCUUUCAAGUCAUGUUGUUUGCAGAGGAAGCACUCUCAGGUAUGGUCCCUCUCACCUGUGUCCUGGUCUCUUUUGCUCACAUAACCCACACCAUCCUCAGGGUCUCCUUUCCUGGGGUAAAGUGCAAAGUCUUCUCUACCUGUGGUGCACACCUGACAGUCGUCACUCUCUUCUAUGGGACUCUCUUUCUGGUGUAUUUCCAUCCCUCCUCCUCCUACUCUGCAAACACUGGAAUGGUGGCCUCUGUGGUAUAUACAGUGGUCACCCCCAUGCUGAAUCCCUUUAUCUACAGUCUCAGGAACAGGGACAUGGAUGAGGACUUGUGGAGACUUGUUUCAUGUGGAAGAUGUUCCACCCCAUAA